AUGUCUAGAUUUUCAUUUGGUCCUCCACGUCUCUGUCGAAAUUUAAAGCCCGCACUCGUCCCUCCGUCCCUCCCCCGAUAUCGAACUGCAAUUGUUCCACACAGACCUACGUCUACGUCUGCUAAGAAGCAGAAUCGACUCCCGGCAGCAUACUAUCGGGGUGGCACAUCAAGAGCCAUCAUCUUUCGGCAAGAUGAUCUGCCAGCAGACCGAAAAGAAUGGGAACCAAUCUUCUGCGGUGCCAUAGGUUCUCCAGAUCCUAAUGGCAGACAGUUGGAUGGAUUGGGAGGGGGUAUAUCGAGUCUCUCAAAGAUAUGCGUGGUUGGGCCUUCGAAGCACCCCGAGGCCGACGUCGAUUACACAUUCGCAGCCAUUGGGGUAAAGAAUCUAGAUGUCGAUUAUUCAAGCAAUUGUGGGAAUAUGACGAGUGCAAUUGGGCCUUUCGCAGUGGAUACUGGGAUGGUUAAAGGGAAUGCUGAUGGGGAUAUGACCGUCCGGAUACACAACACGAAUACUGGGAAGAUAAUCCAUUCCACAUUCCCUGUGGUGGAAGGCGAGGCUGUGGCAGAUGGACCCUUCGCUAUUGAUGGCGUGGCUGGAACUGCUGCAAAGAUUGAACUUGCCUUCAUCAAUCCAGGUGGCUCUAAGACUGGAAAACUGCUACCAACGGGGAAUAUCACGGACACAUUAGAUGGUGUUGAGGCCACUUGCAUUGAUGCUGGGAACCCUUGCGUAUUCAUUCAGGCAAAAGAUGUCAAUGUAGAUGGUACAAUUCUUCCAGAUGCUAUUGACGCCCAUCCUACUCUCCUACCGAAGCUCGAGUCUAUCCGUCGGAAAGCAUCAGUGGCAAUGGGUCUCAGCAAAGACGAAGCUUCUACUCCGGGUUCUAUCCCCAAAAUUGCCAUGGUAUCUCGAUCCAAAGCCCAUAAGCUGCUAUCCGGCGAGAGUAUUGACGGGAGCACAAUGGACCUUGUGGUUAGAGCUCUGUCUGUGGGCCAACCUCAUCGUGCUAUUCCAAUCACCGUAGCCAUGGCGAUUGCGGCUGCUGCGAACAUUGAGGGCUCGACUGUACAUGCCAACGUCUCAAGCAAGCGUGUUGAUCCAGAUGGUAUUACAGUAGGCCAUUCAAGUGGGAAAAUUGUGGUCGGUGCAAAGUAUGGCAACGAUGGGUCCUUGACUCAAGCCACUGUUUUCCGCACAGCGAGAAGACUGAUGGAUGGUUUUGUGUACUGGAAAUGA